GUCUGAGAUAAUCCAGAAAUAAUUCAAGAGAGUUUUUGCAAUAUUUGACCUAAUAAGGAACAUGAACAGUAACUGAAGUGCACAAUUCAGACUGAACACAAACAUAAGCCACGGCAGUAAGGUUUGAAGGUGAGAGGUGCAAGCAAAUUAUGACAUGCACAAAGACAAAUCAUUUCCUCUGGGAGCCUGUUAGUCGUCCCACAGAUAUUUUAUUUCUGACAUAUCAAUUUUCAGUGAUGGAAUGUAACUAAGUAAUUAUACUAAGUAAAGAGCUUAGAGGGAUAAGUGUAAGUUUAAUCCAUGGUCUAACAGACUGUAACACCGAGUAAGACCCCUCCUCGAGAGGGGAGUGGUGAGUUGUGUUCACUUUACAAUAGAAAUCCAGCUAAGCUAGCUGCUGUUUGAUGCUUUGAACUAUGUGCCGAGACCCUAUUUGUAAUGUUGCUGAAGUUUGGUGCUGUUCUGAGCUUUAUUUGUGGCUUUUUGAUGGCAGUUUCUUGGUGGAGACAUAUACUGCAGUGUAUCGGUAUCGUGCUGUCUUUUCUGAGGUUACUAAAAUAGUUAAGUUAGCGGUCGGAAAACCUGAUCUCUUGAGGCCGGGUCUUACUUGGUGUCACGGUGUGUUAGAUCAUGGAUUAAACUUUCACCAGAAUAUCCCUUCAAGUGGAAUUUUAAUGUACUUCUAUACUUGUAGUUGCCAUUUUCUGCUACUUUAUACUUCCACUACACCGUAGCCACAUUGAGGCAAAACAUUGCGCUUUUUACUCAUUUAUAGUUAUUUGUUAAUUUCAGUUACUUUUCAGAUUGUGUGCUGUACCAGAGCCAAAGUAACACAUUGAUAAUUAAUCAGUGUAUUUGAUAUAUUAUAUUGUCAAAUAUCAGAUAACAUACAAUAAGAUUAUUAAUGUUCUUUUACCUGUGUUUUUGAUACUUGAGUAAAUUCAAUAUCAGAUACACUUUUUAGGCCUACUCAUGUACUAUUCAUGUGGGUGAUUCACCUUUACACAAGUAACAUUUCAACAGGAUUAAUCAACAUAACUUUUUAAAUGUAUUACCUAAUUUUAUUUUCUAUAACACUUUCAGUUGGAAUGGUAAGUGGUAAAACCACCACCAGGAAAACACAUGUAAUCUAACCUUAACUCACAUCCUGAUCACAUCCUGUGUCAUUUCUGAUUCCAGUUUUCUUUAUUUACUUUACUACUGGAAGAAAGCUACAGUUGAUUUAAGGUAUGUAAAUGUAAUAUUGUGUCUGUCUAAAUGCAAUUCGUUUAUCCCAAUACACAAUAAAUGCUACAGACAACCAGCUAACACAUGUUAAUGCUAGCUAACAUUAGUAGCUAACUUUAUUGACGGCUAUAUAACUAAACUCGAUGUUUAUGAAGCUAGGCUACGUGUGUGGCGACUUCUACAUGAGCACUGACACUUACCAUCAGACCUUGAGAGCCUGGACAUUAUGGCAAGCUCCCCGACAACUGACCCUGAUUUUUAAACCAACUAUAGUGGAGCAGGUGUUGGUCUGUGAGGUCCGCAACUACACCUGCAUCUCACCCUGAAGACGGAACCUUUUCCAUCUCAAGGGCUGUUGUGUGGUCAGUGCGAGCUCCUGCUAGUGAUGGGCUACAGCCGGACGGACGCUAACCUUAACUGGCAUUCACAAAACAGCAUUCCUCCUUACUGAGACCAGCUCCACAGAAUGCUGAGUCCUAUUGUCCCCUAUAGCCUGUUAAAGAUGCACUGGAACCCAGAGCAUGCCCAGCCUCUCAGCCAGUGGCCUGAGCAGCACCUGGAUGUCUCCUCCACCACCUCCUCUCCGGCCCACAAGGCGGAGUUCUAUGCUGGCCGCGGCCGCAGCUCCAGCAACUACGCCUGGGCCAAUGACGACAUCUCAGCUCUCACAGCCUCCAACCUGUUGAAGCGUUAUGCUGAGAAGUACUCUGGUGUGCUUGACUCACCGUAUGACCGACCACCUACUGUGGGCACCUACCCAGAGCCGGGUGCCUUCGGGGGUCUCAACGGCCCAAAGACUGAGCUAGAGCCCUGGCCAUUGACGCACAGCACUGAUGCCUCUUACUCCCUGGUGCCCCCUGGAGGCCAUGACAGCCUCUCAGGUUCCAAGGCUGUAGCCACGUCUGCAGGCCCUCCAGGGGUCGGCAGCGUGUCCGUGGUGAACAGUAACCUCUCGGACUCUGGCUACAGUGGCAGCAGCUCCUGCAGUGGCUCCAGUGAGUACCCCUCCACCUACAAUGGCACCUAUCUUUCCUCAGGGUACUGUCCCCAACCCAGUGCAGCACUUCCCCCUGCCUCCCUCCACACUCUCCAAUCCACCCCCACACUGGUGGCCAGCUACAGCCCCACCACACCUGUCUAUAACUACCCCCCUAGCACAUACCCUCCCCAGACUAGCCUUGCUCCCACAUACAGCCACCCCUCUGCAACUUACCUGCCCUCAGGUCUACCAGCCCCUACUCCCGUUCCCUCCAGGCCCACAGUAGUAGGAGGCAGCUACAGUUACCAGAGCACCAACCUUGGGACACCUGAGUCUGGAGGAACAUUAAAACGAAAAGCAUUUGAGAUGAACGUAGAAGACGAUGAGAGUGGGGAUGGGUCUCGUUACAGGAAAUACAGUUAUGACCACUUGAAGACUGGGGGAAAUUCACCCUACAGUGUGAAUGACAAAACAGAGUGCCGGGGGAACGGCUUCAGCAGUUCAGGCAGCACAGACCCUCAAUCCUUCAAGCCCACUAAGCCCUCCUCCCAGCCCCUGGUGUCUCCUCAGUAUGGGGCAUCAGGGGAGUACAGCCCUCCAGCAGGCAUGACAGGGGAGAAUGGUGUGGCAGAGCAGGGCUUUAUCCAACAGCAGCAGAACCGCUCCCAAGCCCACAAGCGCCCUUCAUUAUGUGCGCCGACUGUUGAGACUAUGAAGAGUCCAGACCCCCGAAUGUUGGACCUUGUCAAUGGGGAGUUAUUGGACUGCAGUCCGGCACUAGGCUGGGGCGAGCUAGUGGGGCUCACUCAUGUCAAGACUGCCCUAGAAGAGGACCUUCUGUGGCCCGUGUUGAGGCCCAGUCCAGUCAUGCGGCCACCAAGAACCGUCCUGCUGUUUGGCCCCCGGGGAGGGGGAAAGACCACGUUGUCUCGCUCUUUGGCUUCACAGCUGGGGGCUUCCUUCUACAGGCUGAGCGGAGCCAUGCUGGCCUCUAAAGGGAAGGUGGAGGCAGAGCACAUUCUUGGGUCUCUUUUGCAAGUGGCUGGGGCACGGCAGCCCUCAGUGGUGCUCCUCAGCCAGGUGGAGGCCAUGGAGGAGGAGGGGCUGAGGCAGAUAUUGCUGACCACCCUGGAAAAAGCCCAGGUGGGGACCACAGGCCUGGUCAUUCUUGUAUGUGCCACUGGCAGGCCAGAUCUGCUGCAAGAUGCAGUCCAUCGGAGCUUUGCCAAGCGGUAUCACGUCGGCCUGCCAGAUGUGAGUAUGCGAAGGCAGGUGCUAUUGCAGACGCUGUCCCCGCAAGGCUGCAGUCUGAGCGAGAGGGAGCUGAGCGCCGUGCUGCAGCGCACAGAGGGCUUCUCAGUGUUGGAGCUGUUGCAGCUCAGCCAGCAGGCACUCUCCUCAGCAUCCUCCCCCACCGGGGCCAUGCAUGGCCUCUCCACAUCCUCCAAACCCCCCGCCUUCACAGACUUUGAGAAUGCCUUCUGCAAGGUGCGCCCACACACCACCACAAAAGAACCGGACACUUGUAUAGAGUGGAGCAAGAUGUAUAACCACUGAGAAAGCAGCCAGUUACUGUACUCGGACUGCAUUACAACCCUGUCUUCGCUUUGACAUGACUUGGGAAUGUUUUGUUGUUGUUUUGUAAUUACAGAUUAUGCAGCCAAAAGAGCAAGAGAAGCUCAAUGAUACAGGAGAGCUGACAAAGUUGUUUUACUGGCAGAAGCAUGCCCUGGUGUGCUGUUUUUGUCGUCAUAAGAAUAUCCGCAAUAUUUUAGUUUUUCCCAAAGAGAAGAAAGAUUAAUAGGCCUUGUUGACUGGGGUAGUGUAUUAGUCAUUUGGCCAAUGGGAAAAUCAGAUUAAAAACUAUUUGGAUACUAUCAGAGAUCCUGAUUAGCUUUGGUCCAGGACAAAAUCAAUAAUUUGUUGCUAGGUGACGAGGUCCAAGAUUAUGGAUAAUCAGGGUUUGGAAAAAUCCCCCCUUUGACUGCUACUCUCAGGAUCCUAUUUAUUGCCAGUCCACUUCCAUGUUACCCUAAUGUUGAUUUAGCCAUUGGAUUGUCACUAAUUAUCCAGUAAGAAGGGCUCGGGAUCAGCAACAUCUCAGCUAACACAGUUUUUGACCAAAAAACACGUCAAACCAAAUGCAUAAUCAGCAGCGUUGUCCUCAAAAAUCACAAUAAAUGAAUUCUCUCGACAGCUUCUCACCAAAUCAAAACAGUUGGUCCUUUACUAUUCCAAAAAAAGAAAAUCAGAAGACUUCUAUGACAUGCUGCUGUCCUUCCCAGGAGUCCUGUCGAUCAAGUUAAACCUUGCAGUCACACUCGACAUGUUUGGUUGUAGAAGUUGUUGUUAACUCAUCAACAGUAUUAUACUCACUGUUAUAAUGGUACAAUUCAAGGAUAACUAAUGUUAUAUUUCUUGGGUUGUUGUCCUUUACUUCCACUUACAUUUUUUCUCACAUUCCUCAUCGUCGUCCGCAUUUUUCCUGAGAAUCCCACCUCCAGAACAAAACCCACCUGCACACCCAGCGUCUCUGUUUUCUAUUUCACUUACACCUUUUGUUUCGUAGUAUGUAGUCUUGUUUGAAAUGCUCAGGAAAAAAAAUUUCUUUACCUCAGAAAUAUGAAAUUAAAGAAUGUAUGUAAUCUUAGGGUCUUAGUAGAGAGUGGCGCAGAGUGAGAUAGAGGAGCGAGGAGAAACCUGACAGUCUUGUAACACCCACUACAGCUGGGCUUUUACCUCGGGAGAGAAACUUGAAUAUGCUACAAAGAGUAACAUUGAAUGUAAUUCAGGUAUUUCAAAGGAUAUUUGAUGCCAUAAAUCCAUGUAUUAUUAUAUAUGAAUAUAUAAAUACGUUUUUCUUUUCUGUUCCUUUACCCUUUAUUUUUAUUGUAGUUUAUGGUGGAGUGAUGAUUGUCAAGAAAUGCUAUGUAGAAUUCAGAAAAUAUUCCUUCUUUUGUUGGACAAACUGCUCACAAACACUCAUGUUUUUUAGCGUUUACAUAUCCUGCAUUAGCAUGUCUGCAAAUUAUCAUUUUAUCAUCAUUUUUAUUAUCAUGUAAAUAUAACGCACACAAUCACACAUGUGCACUCACAGUGGACAUCUGAGCACAAAAUAACUUCCAAAAAGACAACAAACAGAUGCAAAAAAACAGAAAAGAAAAAAAAAAAUCAAGUUGUUAAAUGUAGCUUUCAGCAAAUCCCAAAGUCUAAAGAUUCACUGUUAAUGUGUACACAUUGUGGAUGAACCCAACACGUAGACAAUCCAGACCAGCCUCUCCUUUUCCACCAGUCCCGCAGUUGUUUAGCUGGAAAAACCCCGUCACCGGACUGCAGGUACAGAGGUCGUUCGUAUUAGUCUGUUGCCAUGGUCCUAAGGAGGUACACACAGAAUGAUGUAAUAUUUCCUACCACUGCCUCCUCCCUCCCUCCUGCCGUCCCUUCAUCAUUAUUUCUCCCUCUUUCUCUCUCCCCAGUGCAAUCUCAUUAGAUUGGAUUGCCCCCUGGCCACGAGCCCCAGUGACCAUGUGGUGUUGUAUCCUCUCCCCAGCCCCCCCUCCAACCCUCCCCCCCCCCCCGCCACCCACCCUCCACUGCCCUUCCCCUUACACCGAUUCCUCCGGAGUGGAAGUGGUCUGAUUGAUGUCCAGCAACCCUAUAUCACAGUGCAGCCGUCCCUCUCCAGCUGGUGGCUUCAGUCAUGCCAUACAGCCAGAUCAAUCAGAGUGACCCCCGCUGUGCAUACUGAUCACUGUCUCCAGAACCCUUGAAACACAUUUACAAAUUACAGAUAGGCUCCUGCCUCCAGCGGCGCGGUCGAGAUAAUGCUAGCGAUUACUCACAGGUAAUUACAGAAAUGAGAUAAUACAGAUGACUUAGAGGUACAAUAUUUUGAUUUGUUGUUCCCAUUACUCCAACAACAGUUUGUCCAACAAAACAAGCUUUUAUCUUUUACAUGUUUUGAUCUGUUAUCACGGUAACUUUGUUCUUGGUUAUUGUACAUUUUCUGUAACCAUUUCUACCUCAUUUUUGCGGCAUAUUGUACAUGAAAGUAUUUAUUUCAUGUCUUUUUUGAUGUCUGUUUUGAAAAUGAUAAUGUUCUUGAACUGUAAUGGUCUACCUCAGAAAAGACUGUAUUUUAAGAGAAGAGUAUCACACAAUAUUAAACCGAAUUUGUCAAUAUUG